AUGGCAAGUUCGAAUUCCCAAAACGUUAUCCGCAGGAAACUUGUCAUCAUAGGUGACGGUGCUUGUGGCAAGACGAGUUUGCUCAGCGUAUUCACGCUUGGCUACUUUCCCACGAUUCCCACGGUUUUCGAAAAUUACGUCACGGAUUGCAGAGUCGAUGGCAAGUCAGUUCAGCUAGCAUUGUGGGACACCGCAGGCCAGGAGGACUACGAGAGACUACGGCCCCUAGCAUACUCCAAAGCACACGUUAUACUAGUCGGUUUCUCAGUUGAUAUGCCCGACUCGUUGGACAACGUGAAAAGCAAGUGGAUCGAGGAAGCGACUCGUUUAUGCGCCGGCGUCCCCAUCAUCCUGGUAGGGCUGAAAAAGGACCUCCGAGAAGAUCCAGUAGCAAUCGAAGAGAUGCGCAAAAAGUCGCAAAGAUUCCUAACCCCGCACGACGGAGAAGUCGCAGCUCGAGAAGUCGGAGCCAAGCGAUACCUUGAGUGCUCGAGCUUGAGCGGUGAAGGCGUCGAUGAUGUGUUUGAAGCUGCCACGCGAGCCGCCCUAUUGACCUUUGAGAAGAGCGAAGGCAGCGGCUGCUGCGUGAUUCUGUGA